AUGGAAAAUCAUGAGCAGGAAAUUCAAUAUUGAAAAGAUCGCUAUUUUAGCAUUUUAAAUCAAAACCAAGAACUCAGAGACCAGAACAAAGAACUAUUUGAAAAUUUGGCUAAGGCUAAUCAACUGAUUAAUGAUUAUCGAUUCAAAAUAGAUGAAUACGAGCAAGAAUUAUCAAUAAAAGAAAAUGUUCGAUCUCCAUCUACUAUGACUCCUUCAGAUGGCAUUGAAGACCUCGCAAAAACACUCUGUGCUUCAAAUAACUCAAUCCAAGUCUCCAUAAACAGAGCCCUAACUUUCAGGCGUCAAGUUGCUAACCCCCCCCCCCUCCGUGAGCGAACAAAACCAUUAGAAAAAUCGCCAUUUUUUUGACCAAAAACCCACCCUCCGUGAGUGAACAAAAAUUUUUUUAAUAGAAAAAAAUUUUAAUGGAAAAAAUUUUGAUAUAUAAGUGAUAAUUUAUUAUAAUGAAAUCUAGAGCUAAUUCUGUUUAAUUUUAAACAAAUUGCGUUUUAAAACAUAAAUUUUGCAAAUUAAAUUAAUAUUUGCUUCCCAAUUUUUGCAAAUUAGGAUUUUUUUAAAUUUCGAAAAAAAUAUUUUUUAUAAAAUUUAUAUAUAAAUUUUUUUUAAAAAAAAAAAAUUAACCCCCCUCCGUGAGCGAACAAAAUUUUUUUGUUCGCUCACGGAGGGGGGGGGGAGUAAGGAAUAUGGUCCUGGUAGCCGAUCAAAAUCACUGCCUUCUAAUUUCCAAGAAGAAAUCCACUCUCCUGCUGGGCCAGCCAAGAUGUAUGAAGAGUUUUAUAUUUUAGGUGUCAAGCCAGAAAAAGCCAGCUACGUCGGUAAUCUUGAUCCUGAAAUUCUUUUCCAGUUCCCCCAGCGAAACAUCUUGCCUUCAAGUCCCCAAACCAGAGUGAUUGGCAACUUUUGCUUUCCAAAUGGAAGUAAAGCAAAGUUCAUCAAGUUCAACGAAUCUGUAAGCAGGAUAAAUGAAGUCAUUUAUACGCAGUACGACAGAAAUAACCAUUUGAGCUUUGUAUUUACCUUGAAAUCUGAAGGGAAUGAGAAAAAGUUCGAUUUUAAUGAGAUGGCGAACAGUGAUAAGGAGGUUUUGUAUUGCUGCUGUGUAGUUGUUGAUGAUUUGUUAUCUGAUGACGAAGUGGAGGAUGAGCAGAUUUUAGCUCCCAAAUGCUAUUGCAUUGUUUCUUAUUGUCCUUGCUUUGAGCUCCACUUUGGAGUGCUCUAUAGCUUGCUGUCAAUUAAAAAGAUUCAGAGACAGAGCGAUAUUUCUCUAGCUGAACUCACACAUAUAAGCAGCCAGUCUAUAGAGGAAAUUCUGCAAAAUGAACAGAUUAUGAAUGAUGAGCAGCUUGGGCUACUUGAAGAGUACUACUCUGCAUAUACUUUCAACCCAGGGGAGCAGAUUUUCAUCAAUUUACAGUCAGUUGAUGGAAUUGAGUAUGAUAUCCCUCAAGAUUUAUCUAGGCUUGAUGCUCUAUGAUUUUGCCCCUUGCUAUUUUCGCUACUGGAGUUCAAUGACUUUUUCUUCCUUCUAUGUGCAAUUAUGCUGGAAAAGUCUGUUAUUUUUGUGAGCUCAAACUAUGAUAUUGCAAGCAGCUGUGUCUUAGGGUUUCAUGCAAUGCUUAGACCAUUUUCUUGGCCUCACUUGAUUACACCAAUUUUGCCAGAUUCACUAAUCUCAUUAUAUUAUAAUAAGGAAUGAGUUUGCUUUAAGUGGGAUAUAGAUUUUUUCAAAAAUGAUAAAAUAAAAGAAAAAAGUUGUAUAGAUAAUUUCUAAAAAGUUUUAUAGAAUUUGCACGAUAUAAAAUAAGAGAGUAAGAGAUGUAUUGGAAGCUCCAGUACCAUUUCUUAUAGGACUUCCAUCUCCUCCUCCAGCAACUCAUAAGAAAUAUUCUCAUAUUAUUUGGGUCAUGCUUGACGAGCCCAAAAUAUCUAAAAGAGUACUAAAAUCCAGCUCGGUCGCAAAAUCAGUCAAAGAGCCUUAUGCAAAUGACAUUAAAAAGUACCUUUUUGUCAUCUAUAAAACCUUCCAAGGGCAUCCUUGCUUUUCUCCAUCAGCAGAGCAGCAAGAAUGUGCACUGAGGAUUAUCCAAGAAAUUAAACGAUUUUGGAGAAAUAUUAUUGACAUGCUGCCACCUAAACCACCAAGAAUUGCUGAAGGCACAUUUUUAGAUAUUGAAGAUAUAGGAAAUAUUAUGCUGAAAAAAGCUAACAAGCCUGAUUUGGAAUUUUUAGAAAAUUUGAUUAUGUCCCAGUUAUUUAUAAAUACUGUGGAAGAGUGCUAUGGACUGAGGUAG